UUUUUUUUUUUUUUUUUUUUUUUGCUUUAAAUCAUAAUCAAUGUCGAGUUCAGAAACAAACAUGAAUCGUACUGCUAUGAUCUUCGGAGCCACAGGUGCUGUGGGUAAACAGCUUUUGAAGGAUGUGUUAGUGAAUGGGAAAUAUACCAAAGUUAUCUCGGUUGGUAGAAGAUCUGUUGAAUUAGAGCCCACUAUUCCUCAAGAUAAAUUGGAACAAAAAACUGUUGACUUUGAAAACCUGGAGGCUGAUCGAAGUAUCUUUAAAGGUGUCUCUGAUGUGUACUGUUGUUUUGGUACGACGCGUGCAGAUGCUGGUAGUGCCGAGAAUUUUAUCAAAAUCGAUCAAACCUAUGUCUUGAAUUCUGCAAAGAUCAUUGCUGAAGAAAACAAGCCCUCUGAUUCCAAAUUAGCACCUGUUCAUUUUCUCUAUUGUUCUUCUGCUGGUUCCAACAAAGAUUCCAUGUUUUUGUAUAUCAAGACCAAAGGACAAACAGAAGAAGCACUGGCAGAAACAGGAUUCGAGAAAGUGUCUAUCUUUAAUCCUGCCUUUUUAGAGACAGUCGAACCUCGUACACGCUUUAGAGCUAUGGAACGUAUUUCUUUUACUAUUUUUCAACCCAUCAAUCGCAUGUUUAACUUGCAUCAGAUUAUUUCCGUAGCAACAGUUGGCAAGGCAAUGCACAGAGUCGCUGAAGAUGCCACGCUUAAGCCCAAAGAUCCCAAGAACACCAAGACAUCUGUUAUUGGAUCUUUGGUAGCUGCCUUUGCUAAUUCGGAUAUUGAAGCUAUCGGUAAACAAAAUUAAAUAAAACGUAAUUUUUUUCUUUCUCUUUUUCCCUCCCUCCCU